AUGCCAGGCUCCACUGCUGUGGGCCUCGGGCUCAUAGCUCUCUUGGGCUUUGGGAUGGGGGCCCCACUGUGCCUGUCAAGGCAACUCAAGAUGCAAGGGAACUACAUGCUGGGUGGGCUCUUUCCCCUGGCUUCAGUGGAGGAGGAUGACCCCUGCAACAGGACACAGCUCAAUAGCACAGUGUGCACCAGGUUCUCAUCCUUUGGCCUGCUCUGGGCACUCGCUGUGAAGAUGGCCGUGGAGGAGAUCAACAACCAGUCUACCCUGCUGCCUGGGCUGAGCCUGGGCUAUGACUUCUUUGACACAUGCUCAGAGCCUGUGGUGGCCAUGAAGCCUAGCCUUCUGUUCCUGACUGAGACAGGCAGCCGCAACAUUUCUGCCUACUGCAACUAUGCACAGUACCAACCACGUGUGCUGGCUGUCAUUGGGCCCCACUCCUCAGAGCUCGCCCUUGUCACGGGCAAGUUCUUUGGCUUCUUCCUCAUGCCCCAGGUCAGCUACGGCGCCAGCAUGGACCGGCUGAGCAACCGAGAGACAUUCCCGUCCUUCUUCCGCACUGUGUCCAGUGACCGUGUGCAGCUGACAGCCACUGUGGAGCUGCUACAGGCAUUGGAAUGGAACUGGGUGGCUGCUGUGGGAAGCGAUGAUGAGUAUGGCCGGCAGGGUCUGAGUGUCUUCUCAAGCCUGGCCAAUGCACGAAACAUCUGCAUCGCUCACGAGGGCCUGUUGCCGCUGCCUUGUGCAGAUGGCUUGCAGCCAAGCAAGGUGCAGGACUUGCUGUACCAGGUGAACCAGAGCAACGUGCAGGUAGUGGUACUGUUCGCCUCCGCCCGUGCUGCCCACUUCUUCUUCAGACACAGCAUCCACCUAGGGCUCUCACCCAAGGUGUGGGUGGCUAGCGAGGCCUGGCUGACCUCAGACCUGGUCAGGGAGCUGCCUGGCAUAGACCAGGUAGGUACUGUGCUUGGCUUUCUGCAGCAGGGUGCCCCACUGCCCCAGUUCUCCCACUAUGUGGAGACCUGCUUGUCCCUGGCGGCCGACCCAGCCUUCUGUGCCUCGCUGAAGGCUAAGAACCUGAGCCUGGAGGAGCACGUCGUGGGGCCACGCUGCCCUCAGUGUGACCACAUCACGCUUCAGAACCUGUCAUCUGGGCUGCAGCACCACCAGACCUUCGCAGCCUAUGCAGCUGUGUACAGUGUAGCCCAGGCCCUUCACAACACCCUGCAGUGCAAUGCCUCGCGCUGCCCAGCAGAGAAGUCUGUGCAGCCCUGGCAGCUCUUGGAGAACAUGUACAACAUGAGCUUCCACGCUGGAAACCUAACACUGCAGUUCAACAGCAGCGGGGAUGUGUACAUGGAGUACGAACUGAAGCUGUGGGUGUGGCAAAAACCCACACCCGAGCUCCGCACGGUGGGCACCUACAAUGGCAGUCUUCAGCUAAUGCCCUCAAAAAUGAGCUGGCACACACCAGACAAACGGAUGCCAGUGUCCCAGUGCUCACAGCAGUGCAAGGACGGCCAGGUACGUCGAGCAAAGGGCUUCCACUCCUGCUGCUACGACUGUGUGGACUGCAAGGCAGGCAGCUACCGGAAGAAGCCAGAUGACAUCACCUGCACGUCAUGUGAGGAGCACCAGUGGUCCCCGGAACGGAGUACAAGCUGCCUCCCCCGUAGGCCCCGGUUCCUGGCAUGGGGGGAGCCAGUAGUGUUGCUGCUGCUCUUGCUGCUGUGCCUGACCCUGAGCCUGGUGCUGGCAGCCCUUGGGCUCUUCAUUUGCCAUCAUAACAGCCCACUGGUUCAGGCCUCAGGUGGGCCAAUGGCCUGCUUCGGCCUGGCCUGCCUGGGCCUUGUCUGCCUUAGUGUCCUCUUAUUCCCUGGACGGCCUAGCUCUGCUAGCUGCCUGGCCCAGCAACCACUGUCCCACCUCCCACUCACAGGCUGCCUGAGCACACUCUUCCUACAGGCAGCUGAGACCUUCGCGGAAUCAGAGCUGUCACCCAGCUGGGGGCACUGGCUGCAUGGCCACCUGCAGGGGUACUGGGCCUGGCUGGGAGUGCUGCUGGCUGUCCUGACAGAGGCAGCACUGUGCACCUGGUACCUGGUGGCCUUCUCGCCAGAUGUAGUUACAAACUGGCAAGAGCUACCUACAGAGGCAUUGGUGCACUGCCGCGUGCGCUCCUGGAUCAGCUUUGGCCUGGUGCAUGCCACCAAUGCCACAUUAGCCUUCCUCUGCUUCCUGAGCACCUUUCUGGUACAAAGUCGGCCUGGCCGCUACAACCGUGCCCGCGGCCUCACAUUUGCUAUGCUGGCCUAUUUCAUAACCUGGAUCUCCUUCGUGCCCCUCCUGGCCAAUGUGCAGAUUGUCUACCAGCCCGCUGUGCAGAUGGGUGCCAUUCUCCUCUGUGCCCUGGGCAUCCUGGCCACCUUCCAUCUGCCCAAGUGCUACCUGCUACUGUGGCAGCCAAAGCUCAACACCCCUGAGUUCUUCCUGGGAAGAGGUCCAAGGGAUGACAGGAGCAGAGUUGGCAAUGGGAGUGGAGAGGAGGGGACUCAGGGAAAAACUAACUGA